GCUCCACUCAUUGGCCCCUCUGCACUGGGUCUGCUGGGCACUGUUUCUGCUCAACUUCUGAGCUGCUGCCUCGUGGGGUAGGUGUCCCCAAGGCUUUGUCUGACUGGGCUGUGCCAGGGAGGAAUGAGGGUUCUGGGGGUGCUGAGCUUCCUGGGGGUGGCUCUGGGGGGGUUUCCUGCCCUCCGCUGGGACAGCACCUCCUGCCACUUAGCCAGUCCUGUCUCUGGCAGCCCCCUGGAGUCCCUGAGCUUCCUGGGCAAGGAUGCCCAGGGACUGGCCCUGUUCCAUGCUCACUGGGAUGGGCACGGGAGGCUGCAGGCAUGUAGUCAGCAGGAUGAGCCAGAGCUCACUGCAGCCUUCAGUGCCCUCUGUGCCGGUGAGAUCACCCAGGGCUCCUUCAUCCAUACCCCUGGACCUCAGCUGCAGAGAGCCCUGCUCACCCUUCAGAGUCAGUGGGAGGCCUGCCGAGGGCCUGAUGAGAGCCCAGCAGGGGCAAGGGGGAAGCGUGCAGCAGGGCAGAGUGGAGCACCUGGUGUAGGGCACACGCGGAGAAAGAGAGGCUGGACCAUGCCUGGCACGCUGUGGUGUGGAGUCGGGGACUCUGCCAGGAACUCCUCGGAGCUAGGGGUCUUCCAGGGUCCUGAUCUCUGCUGCCGGGAACACGACCUCUGCCCACAGAGCAUCUCACCUUUCCAGUACAACUAUGGCAUCCGAAACUACCGAUUCCAUACCAUUUCCCACUGUGACUGUGAUGCCAGGUUCCAGCAAUGCCUGCAGAACCAGCGGGACUCCAUCUCCAACAUCGUGGGUGUGGUUUUCUUCAACGUGUUGGAGAUCCCCUGCUUCGUGUUGGAGGAACAAGAGGCGUGUGUGUCGUGGUACUGGUGGGGCGGGUGUAGAACGUAUGGCUCCAUACCCCUCGCCCGCCUCCAGCCUAAGACCCUCUACAAUGCCUCCUGGAGCUCCCUGGUCAUCCCCCUGACACCAAGCCCCAGGAACCCAGCCUCCAGCAAGCUGAGACAGAAACAGCACCCCCAGAAGUGGCUAUCACAGAUGAAAGGGUCCCAGCACCCCAGCAAAGCCAAUGCCACAGCCCUCCAGGUCCCCGUGGCCUUUCCCAGGACUGAUAUGGUCCCCACAGCCCAGCUAGAGGUCACCCAUCCAGGCCUCCAGGGAUCACAAGGUGACCUAAAACCUCAAGGAGCCCACCAGGCCUGUCACAGCUUCCGCCACCUGGACCAGUGUGAGCACAAGAUUGGGCCCCAGGAGACCAAAUUCCAGCUGCUCAAUAGUGCCCAAGAGCCCCUCUUCCACUGCAACUGCACACGCCGACUGGCACACUUCCUGAGGCUCCACAGCCCACCUGUGGGCACCAACAUGCUUUGGGAACUGCUGGGCAUGACCUGCUUCAAGCUGACCCCUUCAUUGGACUGUGCUGAGCCCCCAGGCUGUUCCAGGGGCCCUAGGGCCAUCAAGGUGUCAGCUAAGCACUUGCGGCGACUUCAGCAGAGGAGACUCCAGCUCUGGGUGGUCAGGAGGCUCAUUCUAACGCCCUGGGCUUGGACCUUGUCGGGGAACUUCACUCCAGAUGGUAACUGGGAGGGGGUAACUGAUUGCAGCAGCCCUAGGAGGUGCCAGGAGGAAGUGCACGUAAGUCCAUGUUGCAAACUGAAUACAUGUCUAAAUGUCCUGCCCAAGGGAGCCCAAACACCUGUUUGCUAAGGCCUGGGGCAGCAGGUAGGGAAUGAGUGAUGCCACAGAAGUGCCUGUGUCUGAAUCCAGGACAGGGGUUGGGGGGGCAAUAGAGAAAGACUUCCCAACACUCUUCCUCCCCAGGAGAUCCCUUCUUAACAGCUGCUGUGACCUUCCUGGCCCAGCCCUGGCCUACUCUUUCUGCCCUAAGCCUAAUUGCACAUCUCCCCUGUGCCCCUGAGCAAGAGACAUCACUCCCCAACUCUGAGCCUUUGUUUCUUCCUUAAAAAAGGGGAGUUUAGGACCGGCCGAGUGGCACGUUGGUUAAGAGCUGGCUU